GAACCAAUCCAUGACAUUCCACCUGAGUUGGUGCUGAAGGAAACGGAAGCCAUCAUUUCCGUCGGCUUGAGGAUGUCGCCCUCCGAUGCAACCUUUGACAUUCCAGUGACAGUAACGAUGCCCCAUUGUGGUAUAUUCACAAAGCCAGAGACUGCGAAAGUCGUCACUUAUUAUCGCAAGAGUGCUUCGGAAAGUUUUACGGCUCUUCUUUCUACCGGCGGGAGCCCGCAAUGUGUUGUUAGGCAUCGCGACCUAGAUAUCUACAUGAACCACUUCUCCGAAAUUUGGAUAGUAGCUAUCAUCAGAAGGACAUUCAUUGGAAAACGUGUUAUUUGUACACCAUAUAUUCCAGUGUCAACUCCGAAGAAUGAUGAACACGUGUUGUUUGUCCACGUAAGAGAUGAAAACAUUGGAAAAGGAGAGGUGCAGCCUGGAUACAUGGCUCCGAUCACCGGAGAGCAGUUCUUAGUGAGGUGGCGUUCUGGAGCGUUGAAGAUUACUUGCCCAGAGAGCACUAUGAAAGACAAGGCCAUGACUCUACGGGGAAGUGAGCUUCGCCAUCUGACCCAGCACAAAGUGAUGUUCAAAGUGGAUACACGAACAGCUGACAAGAAUAAAGUGAUAUUACAGUUCAUCUUGAAACAAAGCACAACAAAGCAGCUCCUAGUUCCCAUGCACUUAGAAGUGAAUGCAGGAGCUGAUAUGAAGAAAGAAGCAAAGAAUGGCGUAGCAUCUCUGAAUAGGGCGUCAUAUUCAGGUCAUGUAGACAUUGUAAAAUAUCUAAUUUCUCAAGGAGCGAACUCGAAUUCGGUUGAUAACGAGGGAGCUGAUGUCAAUAAAGCAGCAAAGGAUAGCGUAGCAUCUCUGGAUAGGGCGUCAUAUACAGGUCAUGUAGACAUUGUAAAAUACCUAAUUUCUAAAGGAGCAAACCCGAAUUCCGUUGAUAAUGAUGGUAUAACACCCCUCCACGUUGCCUCACAAGAGGGUCAUCUUGAUGUUGUUGAAUGUCUAGUGAAUGAGGGAGCUGAUGUGAAGAAAGUAGCAAAUAAUGGUAUGACAGUUCUCAAUGUGGCGUUAGAAAGAGGUCGUGUAGACAUAACCUUAAAAGGAGUCACGCCACUUAUGGCUGCCGCAAGAGGAGGACAUUUGGACUGUGUACGUCUGCUGCUCGAAAACAAUGCAGAUAUUGAGACAGUAGAUGCAGAAGGAUGGACAUCCGUCCAUUAUGCUGCAGCAAGGUGA